GCAGGUAGCUGUGCCGGCAGACUGCGGGACGAUUCUAAUCUGGGAACAAGGUCGGUCUCCUCUCACCAUCAAUCAGACUACCAGUCUGGGGAACUGUCAGAACAAGGCCUGGAGGGGGCGAGACUGGAGCCGAGGGUUAACUCUGUGGGUGAGGUACGUUCAGUAGUUUUCACCGUGCGCCGAUCGAACGGUCGCCGGGAUUGAUCGGCACAUCGGCCCGUAACAACAGCCCACCCAUCUCCGCACGCUGACCCGGAAAGAACCCUACACGUGCAGUUACGUCGAGUACAUGCGAGUAGUAUUUGCGGCUGUGAGUUCUCGCCACCAAAGUCUCGCGAGUGUUUGGAUCUGACGACAGGAUGUACUGUUUCCACUACCCGCCAUUCCCCAGCCCAGGACCGUUAGAGUACGACGCUGCCUGUGGAAGAUUGCCGUAUCCUCCACUUCAGUACCCCCCGGAUUUGGAAGAUGGGUUCGCCCGACGUAAACAGAGACGCAACAGAACCACCUUUACUUUACAUCAGCUGGAGCAACUUGAGGCUGUAUUUGCGCAGACGCACUACCCAGACGUCUUCACCCGUGAGGAGCUAGCCAUGAAGAUCAACCUGACGGAGGCCAGAGUCCAGGUUUGGUUCCAGAAUCGACGAGCAAAGUGGAGAAAGCAGGAGAAAUACAAGAAGGACAGUGAUAAAGACAAGGGGAGUGACGGAGAGACAGGGGAGAGGAAAGAGUCCAGUAAGUCUCCACCAACUUCGUCAUCCUCAUCCGUACAGAAACCAUCCACAACUUCAACUAACAGCAUAAGUUCCAGUUUUCGACCAUGUGAAGUUGGAAACUCAGUGACGUCACCAAAGUUGUUCCAUCGUCCCCAGGCUGCUUUCUCCAUGCUCCCGUACCCAGGCGGAUCCCCGGUCUGUAGCUAUUGUGUUGCUGGUCAUGCGGACUGCGCAUGUGCCCUGGGCUGCUCCUUCCCGUGCACACAGGACUACCGGUCCUCCAGUAUCGCCACACUCCGUAUGAAAGCGCGGGAACACUCGCAGGCGAUGCAGCAGUCGGCAGCCGCGGACACGCAGCCUCUGGACGGGACCCGGCCCGACACGGAGCGCAGAAGUCCGCCUGGGAAGCCGCAGACGCACGAGCAGCCAGAGGAGCCCGGGAGCGAGGAUUCAAUACAAGAGCAGCCAAAGCAAUAACGUCUUUAAUGCAUUUCAUCUUGUACAGAUCUAGAUAUCCCGAGAUGGAACAUUCCUGUCUACUAUACUUUAGGCCACGCCAAUUUAAUGUGUUGGUUCUCGGAUUUUUUCAGGAAAAAUAUGAAGCGACAGGGCGA